AUGGUGACCAUCGUGGUGACCAGCAGAGGCCACACCCUGACCUGGCCCCUUCUUCUCCCCUCCCAGAGCGCCUUUGACGUCCUGGGCUUCACGGCCGAGGAGAAGGCCGGUGUCUACAAGCUGACGGGUGCCAUCAUGCACUUCGGCAACAUGAAGUUCAAGCAGAAGCAGCGGGAGGAACAGGCGGAGCCUGACGGCACCGAAGAUGCCGACAAGUCCGCCUACCUGAUGGGGCUGAACUCGGCCGACCUUCUCAAGGGCUUGUGUCACCCACGCGUCAAGGUGGGCAACGAGUACGUCACCAAGGGCCAGAGCGUCCAGCAGGUCUACUACUCCAUCGGGGCCCUGGCCAAGGCUGUCUACGAGAAGAUGUUCAACUGGAUGGUGGUGAGGAUCAACAACUCGCUAGACACCAAGCAGCCGCGACAAUACUUCAUCGGCGUCUUGGACAUCGCCGGCUUCGAGAUCUUCGAUUUCAACAGCUUCGAGCAGCUCUGCAUCAACUUCACCAACGAGAAGCUGCAGCAGUUCUUCAACCACCACAUGUUCGUGCUGGAGCAGGAGGAGUACAAGAAGGAGGGCAUCGAGUGGGAGUUCAUCGACUUCGGCAUGGACCUCCAGGCCUGCAUCGACCUCAUCGAGAAGCCCAUGGGCAUCAUGUCCAUCCUGGAGGAGGAGUGCAUGUUCCCCAAGGCCUCGGACAUGACCUUCAAGUCCAAACUCUACGACAACCACCUGGGCAAGUCGGCCAACUUCGGGAAGCCCAGGAACGUCAAGGGCAAGUCCGAGGCUCACUUCUCGCUGACCCACUACGCCGGCACGGUGGACUACAACAUCCUGGGCUGGCUGGAGAAGAACAAGGACCCCCUCAACGAGACGGUGGUGGGGCUCUACCAGAAAUCCGCCCUCAAGCUCUUGGCCCACCUCUUCUCCAACUACGCCGGGGCGGAUUCUGGAGGUGACAGCGGCAAGGGGAAAGGAGCCAAGAAGAAAGGUUCCUCCUUCCAGACGGUCUCAGCCCUGCACCGGGAGAACCUCAACAAGCUGAUGGCCAACCUCAAGACCACCCACCCCCACUUUGUCCGCUGCCUGGUCCCCAACGAGCGGAAGGAGCCGGGUGUGAUGGACAACGCCCUGGUCAUGCACCAGCUCCGCUGCAACGGCGUCCUGGAGGGAAUCCGCAUCUGCCGCAAGGGCUUCCCCAACCGCAUCCUCUACGGGGACUUCCGCCAGCGGUACCGCAUCCUGAACCCCGCGGCCAUCCCCGAGGGACAGUUCAUCGACAGCCGCAAGGGCGCCGAGAAGCUCCUGGGCUCCAUCGACAUCGACCACAACCAGUACAAGUUUGGGCACACCAAGGUGAGGUCACGUGGUCCCACCAUUCUGCAGAACCUGCAGAAGAACGUGGUCCCACUGUUCACGUGUCCGUCUGUGCCUCCCUGUGUCCUUCUGGUCCUCCUGGACUCCUGCCCCAUCCUUCCACCCAUCACAACUGGUUUGAUUCCACUGGGUGAGAUCUCGUGGUUCCUGUUCCUGGUGGUCCCACCAUCCAAGGUGGACCUCAUGGCGCGGAUCGAGGAGCUGGAGGAGGAGCUGGAGGCCGAGCGGACGGGCCGGGCCAAGGUGGAGAAGCAACGCUCGGAGCUGUCACGGGAGCUGGAGGAGCUCAGCGAGCGUCUGGAGGAAGCCGGUGGUGCCACCUCGGCCCAGCUGGAGCUCAACAAGAAGCGAGAGGUGGAAUUCCAGAAGUUGCGGAGGGACCUGGAGGAAGCCACCCUGCAGCACGAGGCCACCGCGGCCGCGCUGAGGAAGAAACACGCCGACAGCGUGGCCGAGCUGGGCGAGCAGCUGGACAACCUCCAGCGCGUCAAGCAGAAGCUGGAGAAGGAGAAGAGCGAGCUCAAGCUGGAGCUGGAUGAUCUCAGCGCCAACGUGGAGCAGCUGAUCAAGUCUAAGGUCAAGAACCUGACGGAGGAGAUGGCAGGGCUGGACGAGACCAUCGCCAAGCUGACCAAGGAGAAGAAGACUCUGCAGGAGUCCCACCAGCAGACGCUGGAUGACCUACAGGCCGAGGAGGACAAGGUCAACACCUUGACUAAGGGCAAAGUCAAGCUGGAGCAGCAAGUUGACGACCUCGAAGGCUCCCUGGAGCAGGAGAAGAAGAUCCGGAUGGACCUGGAACGGGCCAAGAGAAAACUGGAAGGUGACCUGAAGCUGACGCAGGAGAACAUCAUGGAUCUGGAGAACGACAAGCAGCAGCUGGAGGAGAAGCUCAAGAAGAAGGAGUUUGAGAUCCACCAGCAGAACAGCCGGAUCGAGGAUGAGCAGGCGCUGGCUCUGCAGCUCCAGAAGAAGCUGAAGGAGCUCCAGGUGGGGGGGGGGAAGUCUGGUCUGGGUCUGCUUGGGUUGGACUGGAGAAUCUCCAGGGGGUUGGGUUGGGACACACAGCUUCAGCUGGAUGACGCGGCGAGGGUCGGGGAGGACCUGAAGGAGAACGUGGCCAUGGUGGAACGCAGGAACACCUUGCUGCAGUCGGAGCUGGAGGAGCUCCGGGGCCUGGUGGAACAGACCGAGAGGGCCCGGAAAUUGGCCGAGCAGGAGCUGAUCGAGGCCAGCGAGAGGGUCCAGCUUCUCCACUCACAGGUGAGACCACCACAGGUGACCACGAGAAGGAAGAAGUUGGCUCAGCGUCUGCAGGAGGCCGAGGAGGCUGUGGAGGCCGUCAACGCCAAAUGCUCCUCGCUGGAGAAGACCAAGCACCGGCUGCAGAACGAGAUCGAGGACCUGAUGGCCGACGUGGAGCGCUCGAACGCGGCCGCCGCCGCCCUGGACAAGAAGCAGAGGAACUUCGACAAGGUCCUGGCUGAGUGGAAGCAGAAGUUUGAGGAGUCACAGACGGAGCUGGAGGCGUCCCAGAAGGAGGCCAGGGCCCUCAGCACCGACCUCUUCAAGCUGAGGAACAUCUACGAGGAGUCCCUGGAGCACCUGGAGACCUUCAAGAGGGAGAACAAGAAUCUCCAAGAGGAGAUCUCGGACCUCACGGAGCAGCUCGGAGCCGGCAACAAAUCCAUCCACGAGCUGGAGAAGGUCCGGAAACAGCUGGAGGCCGAGAAGAUGGAGCUCCAAGCUGCUCUGGAAGAAGCUGAGGCGUCCCUGGAGCACGAGGAGGGGAAGAUCCUGAGGGGACAACUGGAGUUCAACCAGGUGAAGGCCGAGUACGAGCGGAAGCUGGGGGAGAAGGAGGAGGAGAUGGAGCAGGUGAAGCGCAACCACCUGAGGGUGGUGGAGUCGCUCCAGACCUCGCUGGACGCCGAGACCCGGAGCCGCAACGAGGCCCUGAGGCUGAAGAAGAAGAUGGAGGGCGACCUCAACGAGAUGGAGAUCCAGCUCAGCCACGCCAACCGCGGCGCCAACGAGGCCCAGAAGCAGGUCAAGGCUCUGCAGGGCUACCUGAAGGUACCUGACCAUGGGGACGUGGAGGGGUUGGAGGAACCUGAAGGUCCCACAGGGAGGUGGAGGAGGAACCUGAAGCUUCUCCACUCACAGAACACCAGCCUCAUCAACCAGAAGAAGAAGAUGGAAGGUGACAUCUCCCAGCUGCAGACAGAGGUGGAGGAGGCCGUCCAGGAGUGCCGGAACGCCGAGGAGAAGGCCAAGAAGGCCAUCACCGACGCGGCCAUGAUGGCGGAGGAGCUGAAGAAGGAGCAGGACACGAGCGCGCACCUGGAGAGGAUGAAGAAGAACAUGGAGCAGACCAUCAAGGACCUGCAGCUGCGGUUGGACGAGGCCGAGCAGUUGGCCCUCAAGGGGGGCAAGAAGCAGCUGCAGAAGCUGGAGGGACGCGUGAAGGAGCUGGAGAACGAGCUGGAGACCGAGCAGAAGAGAAACGCCGAGAGCGUCAAGGGGCUGCGCAAGUCCGAGCGACGCGUCAAGGAGCUCAGCUACCAGGUGAGAACGUGGAGGUGGGACCAUGGAG